AUGAAAUCGGAGCUGCAUCACGUGGAUCAUGAAAUCAAAAUGAAACAGGCGAAGGUAAAGGAGAGCAAAAGUAAAAUAAAGAUGAACAAAGCCCUUCCUUAUUUGGUUGCAAAUGUUGUAGAGUUGUUGGAUGUUUCCCCUCAAGACCAAGAACGAGAAGAUGGCGCCAACGUUGACUUGGAUUCACUGCGGAAAGGAAAGUGUGCUGUAAUCAAGACGAGCACCAGGCAGACCUAUUUUCUCCCUGUGAUCGGGCUGGUUCCGGCUGAAGAGCUGAAACCCGGGGACCUUGUUGGAGUCAACAAAGAUUCCUAUCUCAUUCUCGAAAAACUCCCUCCCGAAUUCGACUCACGCGUAAAGGCAAUGGAAGUUGAUGAACGUCCAACAGAAAGGUACAGUGAUAUUGGGGGUCUCGACAAGCAGAUUCAGGAACUAAUUGAGGCUGUUGUCUUGCCGAUGACUCAUAAGGACCGCUUUGAAGCCAUCGGCAUCCAACCACCAAAGGGCGUACUGCUUUACGGACCGCCCGGAACAGGGAAGACUUUAUUGGCCCGCGCCUGCGCAGCCCAGACAAAGUCAACCUUCUUGAAGCUUGCUGGACCGCAGUUAGUCCAGAUGUUUAUCGGUGAUGGUGCUAAGCUUGUUCGUGAUGCUUUUCAGUUGGCGAAAGAGAAGGAACCUUCGAUACUAUUCAUUGAUGAAUUGGACGCGAUAGGUACUAAGCGUUUUGACAGCGAGCGUGCUGGUGACCGAGAAGUACAGCGAACUAUGCUAGAACUACUCAAUCAGUUGGAUGGCUUUCAACCCAACCACAAUAUUAAGGUAAUUGCUGCCACAAACAGGGUGGAUAUCCUCGAUCCUGCAUUGCUUCGAAGCGGUCGGCUGGACAGAAAAAUUGAAUUUCCUGCUCCAAACGAGGAAGCACGAGCUCGAAUUAUGCAAAUCCAUUCGAGGAAAAUGAAUGUCAAUAAAGAUGUAAAUUUCGAGGAGCUAGCUCGCUGUACAGAUGACUUCAAUGGGGCGCAGUGCAAGGCAGUAUGCGUGGAAGCAGGUAUGAUUGCACUUCGACGCAGUGCUUCUGAAAUCACACACGAAGAUUACAUGGAUGCGAUUUUGGAGGUUCAAGCCAAGAAGAAGACUAAUUUGAAUUAUUACGCUUAGCGAGUUUCGGUCGACCGGUGCAGUCCUCUGAUCCGGUGGCUGUGCUCCAAUCUGUCAUCUCAUGUUAUUCGCUGCUCGUUACUGAUGCAGCACGAAAACACCGUUACUUCUCCCUUACUCAUCCCUGCAAAUAAACUUCCCGUA